GUGACUUGCUCUCACGGCUGCUGAAGUGAAUCUCUUGAAGAUUUUUAUAAAGUUCUUUAAAGGAGAGAUGGCACAAACUGGACUUAUGAUUUUUCUACUCAUAAGCAUAUUACUGCUGGAUCAGACCAUCAGCCAGGCUUCCAAAUUCAAAGCUAAGAAGCACAGCAAACGUAGAGUGAAAGACAAAGAUGACCUCAAGACCCAGAUUGACAAAUUGUGGCGAGAAGUAAAUGCUCUCAAAGAAAUGCAAGCACUUCAAUCAGUCUGUCUUCGAGGGACAAAGGCCCAUAAGAAGUGCUACCUCAUUUCAGAAGGCACCAAGCAUUUUCAUGAAGCCAAUGAAGACUGCAUAGCCAAGGGAGGAACACUGGCUAUCCCCAGGAAUAGUGAUGAAAUGAACACUCUCCGAGACUACGGCAAGAACAGCGUGCCUGGAGGGUCUGAGUUCUGGCUAGGUGUCAAUGACAUGGUAAAUGAAGGGAAGUUUGUUGAUGUUAAUGGCAUGGCUCUACAGUACUUCAAUUGGGAUCGUGCCCAGCCAAAUGGGGGAAAGCGUGAAAAUUGUGUCUUCUUUUCAACACAAGGCAAGUGGGUGGAUGAGAUCUGCCGUACUGCCAAAAGAUAUAUUUGUGAAUUUCUGAUCCCAUAAUUCCAUAUAGAAGUGAUCAUGACUAUAUUUUGGGUUAUUAACAUGCCAUUUUUUCUUGUUAGCAGCCCCUCCCACUUAGACAGUGGUGAGUUAAAAAUAUCAAUCUCUUGCAUUAUACUCACUCUUUCCUGAAACAGAAUUUUUCUUCAUUAAUUUAUUUUCUAUUCAAAUGCUUAAAAUAUUAUAUGUAGUGAGUGCUCUCAUCAUGUACAGGAAUACAUGCAAUGUUUUGAUCUAUACUGCAUCAUAUUUUGCCAUAUUCUUUCAGCCUGAUGUUCAGGUUACUGGGGUUCACCUUCAUUUCUUCACUUUGUAUCUCCAUGGUAGAAAGGUAUUUGCUUGAUCUCAGAAUUCUAGUGAAUUUAUUGAAAGUAUACAAAAAGAUUGCUGUAUGGAGACAUGUUCUAACAGAAGAUGUAGGGCUCCUCUUUAUUCCGGUGCUUAAGAAGGACAUUGGGGUUUAUCCUGGGAAAAAAGCCAUUCUCGUUACAGAGUUUAACAGGAUCUUGGAUUUGAAACCAAGAUUUUUAUUUAUGGGAUAGGAAGGAUAAAAACAAAAAUCUGAUGAUAAUUUUUAAAGCACACAGGGUUAAAUGUGAUACACUGCUACAAAAUGGGGGAUAUUCUAAAUAUCAGGUCAAAGAAUGGUUGCUUCUAAAUGUCUCAAUUAUGGUUAAAUAUUAGACGUCACUUGGAACAUUACUGUAGAAGAAACCAAUCUGGGACUAGAUCAUACUGUUAGUAUGUAAUCCCUUAGAAAGAUGUGCAAAUGCCUCUCCUGCAGGAUCAGAAGGAGGCUUUAUAAUUCAGGCAUGAAUGGAGAGGAAGGGUCCCCUUUCAGGCACAACAUACCCCCUCAAUCACCUCUCUCCAUAUUGUGGGUAGCAUGCCUUGCUGGCACAGACGAGUGGGACCAAACCAUCAUUCACUGGGCCAUGUGCAGAUUUUCCCAUUUGAUACCCAACAUUUGAGCUGGCUAUUUUUUGCUAUUCUUAACAUCACAAUACAUAUUUGCCUUGAUGUUAUAAACUGCAGUUUCUCUGUCAUGUAAGGGAAUUUCAAUAAAUGAUCUAAGUAUAUUGUUGCUUAGAGGCUAAUUUCUACUUUUUCUCUUUUAACUGUGAAAGAUUUUCUUAGAUUUUGCAAUAAAUUUGCAAUUACUGAUAUUUAAA